CCACCAGCCUCGCCGCCACCACCAGCCUCGCCGCCACCACCAGCCUCGCCACCACCACCAGCCUCGCCGCCACCACCAGCCUCGCCGCCACCACCAACCUCGCCGCCACCACCAGCCUCGCCGCCACCACCAGCCUCGCCGCCACCACCAGCCUCGCCGCCACCACCAGCCUCGCCGCCACCACCAGCCUCGCCGCCACCACCAGCCUCGCCGCCACCACCAGCCUCGCCACCACCACCAGCCUCGCCGCCCCCACCAGCCUCGCCGCCACCACCAGCCUCGCCGCCCCCACCAGCCUCGCCGCCACCACCAGCCUCGCCGCCGCCACCACCAGCCUCGCCGCCACCACCAGCCUCGCCGCCACCACCAGCCUCGCCGCCACCACCAGCCUCGCCACCACCACCAGCCUCGCCGCCACCACCAGCCUCGCCGCCACCACCAGCCUCGCCGCCACCACCAGCCUCGCCGCCACCACCAGCCUCGCCGCCACCACCAGCCUCGCCACCACCACCAGCCUCGCCACCACCACCAGCCUCGCCACCAACACCAGCCUCGCCGCCACCACCAGCCUCGCCACCACCACCAGCCUCGCCGCCACCACCAGCCUCGCCGCCACCACCAGCCUCGCCGCCACCACCAGCCUCGCCGCCACCACCAGCCUCGCCACCACCACCAGCCUCGCCGCCACCACCAGCCUCGCCGCCACCACCAGCCUCGCUGCCACCACCAGCCUCGCCGCCACCACCAGCCUCGCCACCACCACCAGCCUCGCCACCACCACCAGCCUCGCCGCCACCACCAGCCUCGCCGCCACCACCAGCCUCGCCGCCACCACCAGCCUCGCCGCCACCACCAGCCUCGCCACCACCACCAGCCUCGCUGCCACCACCAGCCUCGCCGCCACCACCAGCCUCGCCGCCACCACCAGCCUCGCCGCCACCACCAGCCUCGCCACCACCACCAGCCUCGCCACCACCACCAGCCUCGCCACCACCACCAGCCUCGCCACCACCACCAGCCUCGCCACCACCAACCUCGCCGCCACCACCAGCCUCGCCGCCACCACCAGCCUCGCCGCCACCA